AUGCAGAAGACCAUCGACUUCCGCCCAAUUUUCGACUGCUGGGACGACUACGACAAGUGGUUCCCUUGCUUCGUCAACGUCAAACGCGGCUCCAGACGCAACGCCAACUUGCGCUCCUACGUCCCACCAGGAACAACCUGCCGCCGCGACGACAAAAGACGCCCACACACCUUCCGUCAACGCGAAGCUUCCAACGCUCGAGUCUCAGACGCCUAUUUCCAGGUUCUUCGUAUGCGAAACAAUGGAGGUUUCUCAGCUUUCGAUCUCGAGCAAGGCAAGAUUCGUCUUUCGGAAGCAAUUAUGGAUCUCAUGAAGCUCACGGCUUGCGGAACUCACCUGGCCGAGCUCGCAAAACCUGACAACAACUUUGGUGAGCGCUGGGUCGCUGAUUUGACGAAGAUGGUUCUAGCUAGAGACCCAGCGGACAAGGUGCCAACGUUUGAUCCCAAGGCUUUCGGAGCUGGACGCAUAGAGUCUCAGCCUGGUAUCAAGCGGAAGCGUGACACUGUCCCAGAGCACUCCAACUGCUUUGGCAUCUACCGCCUCAAUCGUUUUAGGACUGAACCUGAACCUGCCGGCAAGGCGAGGCGUCUUCGCUCUGGCAACGUAUUCGGCGUCGAUAUGGCAGAGCAGAGUCCGUUUCCUCUUGAUCGGGACUGGAGUCCUUCAGUGUCCGGUUCAAAUGACCAAGGUGGUUUCAGCAGCAAUUCCAUGCAGGGACUCUCUCAGCGCCCUCUCGAUGAUCAGGCGUGGGACACUUCGAUCUCGUUUCCACAAGCCGGCUCGACGAAAGAGGACUCUGGUCUUCACUCGGGCUUAUCAAGUUUCUCGUCCUCAGCCUCAACUCCGGGCAACGGCUCAGGUGGCUUCUUCAGUAGCUCGAUGCAGCAGCAGUCUUUUGGCAACACAUCAAUCCCAUUUCCGCAAGACAGCUCAGCUCCAUCGACCUCUUCGCCUGCAUCUGGAUCUCACAACAGCACGGCUCAACCUUCUUCUUCCUACCCAAGCGCCACUUCCACCGACCCACAGCCAGUCAAUGCAAUCGAGGAGUACGACAACCUCCUAGUCUGCAACUUCUGCGGCCGAGAUCUCUCGCAAGCUCACAAACCAGUUUGUACACAGGUGCAACGUCAUUCCUGCAAUGAGAAUCACGACCACGCCAUCAAUCUCUGCACCGGUCCUUCGCCAAAAUUGAUUCCUGUGAAGGAGUUUUGCGCUGGAGGAACGUGCAUGAUAUUGGGUUGUGACGAGGAUGAGUGCUGGGACUUGCCGUGUGAGCGGAAGGGGCAUAGGAGGUGGGAGAGUUGGAGGCAUGCUUCGGGCUGUCCUGAGUCUUGGAAUUUGGACAGUGGCAUGGGUGAGGUUCUGGGAGGGGGAUUUGAUGGAGGUGUGGAGAUGGGAAUGAUCAUGGGACAAGAUAGUGGAACUCUGGGUUGGAGUGCUGAUGACCUCAAUGCCCUAUUCCCCUUCGGCCAAGACUCUCGAGACGAUACUGCGGAAGGCAACACGACUCACGGACUCACUACCAACAAUGCCGAUCCUCCUGUUCCUGUCAUUGCUUCGUCGUCGGUUCAGAACAACACCGAGCUGACUGCAGACGAACUUGGUAUAGGAGAGGAUUGGGACAAAGCGGUGCAGGAGUUCAUAGAGCUUGCUGGUAAUCUCGAGAGCAACAACGGCGGCACUGCUGUUCUUGGUCAGGAUAAGGACACGACAACUCUCGUCGAGAACAACGUCGGCGAUGCUGGUGGUUUCUUUGAUCUAACAGCAGACUGGUCGGAUCUCAAUUUCGAACUUGUCGCAGCAGAGGACUGGGAGAAAGCGAUACAGGAGGUCACGGGCAUUGCUCGUAAUGUCGAGCGCAACACUGCUGUCGAGAACAACGCUGGCAAUAUUGGUAAUGCCGGUACCUUCGAUCCCAGAGCAGAAUGGCCGGGUUUCAACUACGAAGUUGGUGGCAUGGGGGGAGAGGAUUGGCAGAAAGUGGUGGCGGAGUUCGAAGCUAUUGCUGCUAAAGACCGCGGUGCUGCUGUCGCCGAGGGCGCAUCCCAGGGACCCAUGAACAAGUUUGGCGGCGAUACUGGUAUCUUCGAUCGGGAGUUCAGUGAUCUGACAGCAGAAUGGCCGGAUUUCAACUUCGACCCUGGCACAGCAGAGGAUUGGGAGAAAGCGAUGCAGGAGGUCGAAGAGCCUGGUGCGAAUGUCGAGAGCAAAGAAGGCGGUACUGCUGUCCUUGAUCAUGAUCAGGGUGCAGCUCAGGCAUUCAACGCCGACGAUGCUGGUAUCUUUGGUCCAGAUGAUUCGGUGAACGCUCAGGACUCCAGUGAUCUCACAAUAGAUUGGUCGCAGUUCAAUUUGGAUUUGGCUCGGGAGUGGCCGGACUUCGAUUUCGAAGGAGUAGUCGGACCUCGAACUGAGCAUGGCAUGACGGCUGAUCUAAUGGACUUCAAGCUCUAA